GACGAGCACGGGAUCAAAUAGCUUUCCGAUUUACGCAAAGCGCUCGGGGUCGGAAUUUUAUCAGCACUAAAAUAUGGAAUAUGCAAAUGAUUACAGUUGACAAGGGCUUUUUGGCUGCAAAGUGUACGCGAGGCAUGGCUUUUCUCUUCACCUGCAUUUUCCUAUCUUGUGCUGGCAGUGUUUGGGCAAACCAGCGGACAGAAGCGAGUGUCUAUUUGGAUAACAUCACGCGUGUAUUGGACAGACUUCUAGAUGGCUAUGACAACAGGCUUCGACCGGGAUUUGGAGGUCCUGUUACUGAAGUAAAAACUGACAUCUUUGUCACCAGCUUUGGUCCUGUUUCAGACGUUGAAAUGGAGUACACGAUAGACGUAUUCUUCCGGCAAACGUGGGUGGACGAGAGGCUGAGGUUCGAAGGCCCCAUCGAGAUCCUUCGACUAAAUAACCUCAUGGUCAGCAAGAUCUGGACUCCGGACACGUUCUUCCGGAAUGGCAAGAGGUCCAUCUCUCACAACAUGACCACCCCCAACAAGCUGUUCCGCAUCAUGCAGAACGGAACGGUCCUGUACACCAUGAGACUAACUAUUAAUGCAGAAUGCCCCAUGAGACUGAUGAACUUUCCCAUGGAUGGACACGCCUGCCCGCUCAAGUUCGGUAGCUACGCCUAUCCCAUCAGUGAAAUCGUUUAUACCUGGAAGAAGGGCCCGUUGUUGUCAGUUGAGGUACCAGAGGAGUCGUCAAGCUUGCUCCAAUAUGAUCUUAUAGGGCAGACAGUGUCCAGCGAAAAAUUAAAGUCCAACACAGGAGAAUACUCUGUGCAGGUCAUCCAUUUUCUCCUGGAAAGGAAACUAGGUUUCUACCUCAUUCAGACAUACAUCCCCAUGUUCAUGACCGUUGCCAUGUCACAAGUUGUGUUCUGGAUCAACAAAGAGUCCAUCCCCGCCAGAACCAUGGCCGGUAUCACCACGGUCCUCACUAUGACCACCCUUAGUAUAAGUGCCAGGCACUCGCUGCCCAAGGUCUCCUACGCCACGGCCAUGGACUGGUUCAUCGCCGUCUGCUUCGCCUUCGUGUUCUCCGCCCUCAUUGAGUUUGCCGCCGUCAACUACUUCUCCACGCUGCAGGCCAAUCGGGAGCUGCGGAAGGCCGCCGCCUUCAAAACCGCCGCGAUGGAGGCCGCGGCCACGGCGGGCGAGGUCGUCACGCCCCAAUCGGACGGCAACAGCAACCUGAAGAAGCGGGUGACCUCUCCGCCCGCGGAGCCCCCCCCGGACCAGUUCCCCCCCCAGCAGGUGCCCGCGUUCCUCCUGCAGGGGUCCGCCAUGCCUGCCAACAACAUGCUGACGGGCACCAGCAUCAUCGACAAGUACGCCCGCAUCCUCUUCCCCCUGUCCUUCGGAGCCUUCAACCUGGUGUACUGGAUCGUCUAUCUCACCAAGGACACCAUGGAGCUCACCAGUCCCGCUAGCGCCCUGCGGUCUGCUGUCCCAGACUGA